ACAGCUAACGCGUGCAUGUGUACGUGCGCGCGAGCGUGCAAGCAAUUCCUUCGUGAAUUUUUCUUUUCCUUCGCUGGUGUUGUGUCACCGGCGGAUAAAACGAGAGGCUGAGGGACCCUGACGGACGUACGAACGUACGUCGCGAUAUGUCGGAGCACCACCGCGUGGCCGGUGGCUGGGGCACCGCGAGCCCGGGUAACCGAGAGGAUGCUUCCGGCGGUGCCGCCUGGUGGCCUUCGGGCCUGAAUACCGAUCAACAGCAACAGCAGCAGCAACAACAGCAACAGCAACAACAGACUAUACAUCAGCAUCUGCUGACCCAACAGCAGCAGCAACAGCAGCAACAGCAGCUCGCACAACAGCAGCAGCAGCAGCAACAACAGCAGGCGCAGCACCAUCCGGACAACGUCCGGAGUACUGCCGCUGCGGCGAACCAACAGCUCUUCUCCUACAAAAUGGCCUCCAGCUUCCAGAACCCGGCCACCACCGGCGCGGCAUCGAGUCCGGUCUCGACAUCCACGCCGGUCGGCGGCGCCGCCGCGUGCAUGAGGGGUGGAUACGAUUACAGGCUCGGUGCGGCGCCGGGUCCUGGACAAUAUCCAGGCGGAGUCAUGGACGCUGCCGCACAGAAUAACCUGCACCAGCAGUUGCAGGGCCAGCAGCAACAACAGCAGCCGCAGCAGCAACAUCUCUCGCCCAUUACCACGCAAACGUCCACGCCCCCCGUUAUGUCCCCGAUCUCACAUCCGCACGUAGGUCAACUAGAUUUCCGAUUAUUUCUGCAGCACCCGAUACAGCAGAUACCGCAAAAUAAUCUUCAACAAAAUAACGCUCAGAGUCUGCAGCGGGACAAUAUGCCGAGAGGAAAAGAUUCGAAGCCAAGAGGACGGAUGACAGCGUACGCGUUCUUCGUCCAGACAUGUCGUCAGGAGCAUAAAAAGAAGCAUCCCGAGGAAAAGAUCGUCUUCCGGGAAUUCUCCAAAAAGUGUGCAAUGAGGUGGAAGACUAUGUCGGACAUCGAGAAGAAACGUUUCCACGAAAUGGCAGAGAAAGAUAAGAAGAGAUACGACACGGAGAUGCAGAAUUAUACGCCGCCUAAGGGAGAAAAUAAGGGCAGAGGCAAGAAACGUAAACACAUCAAGGAUCACAAUGCUCCCAAGAGAUCGCUGUCCGCUUUCUUCUGGUUCUGCAAUGACGAACGUGGUAAGGUCAAAAUGCUGAAUCCUGAAUAUGGUGUAGGUGAUAUAGCUAAGGAAUUAGGCAAGAAAUGGUCGGACGCAGAUCCCGAAACCAAAUCUAAAUACGAGGCUAUGGCAGAAAAGGAUAAAGCUCGAUACGAAAGGGAAAUGACCGCGUACAAAAAGAAAAUGCAAAAUGACGGAGCCCCAAUGGUAGGAGGUGCGCAGGCGAACCAAACUACAAUAAAAAGCGACAGCGAAGAAGAAUGGAAGGAAGACGACGAAUAGCGGAUGCACGUCGAAAUUUCUUCAUCUAUCACCCCGUGUCCUUCAUCCUGAAAGCAUACCUCACCUACUGUACGUACCAUUGACCUUAGCGUGAGCGUACUUACACCACCAUCACUAGGAGAACAAAGCAACUAACCACCUACCAAUCAACCAAGCUCUUCAACAAUCCCCACCAACCAACCUCCUAAUUCUUUCCCCGAUUAUUUACGAUAAUGAUAAAGUAAUCCGCGCUAAUUAUGGUAAUUAUUUUAAAAGGAAAAACUGGUAUGCAUGAGUGAUGCGCGAGCAUGAGCGAGCGAGGAUCAUUGUGUGAGUGAACAUUUGUACUUUAACAUAUUGAUAGUAACGAUGAUGUAAAGCGGCUAGUAGGAUAGCAGAAGAUAAUAAAGAAAAAAAGAAAUCAGAACCAUGAAUUAAAAACAAAAGCGGAAGAGAUAAGACAAGGCCCAUACUUUCUCUAUCCGGAUGGAAGGCGCAGGGGCUCAAUCAUUGUUGACUUUUUGCUCCGUCGACGCUAUAAUUAUGAGCUAUGUAGCUUAAUUUACUAAUGACGAACACCGCGAUAAUGACGGCCUCGUUAGCACGAGGAUCGGAGAUAGUUGUAAUUCUUUUUACGUGGAUUUUUUCCGAUAUGCAAAAAUCAUGCUUUUUUUGAUUGUCUUUUUCACGCAUUGCCAUUGGCACGGGAGAGAUCACUAUUUUAGAUCCUCGUUCUCGAGAGAGGCAAAUCAUAUUGCGUGGUGUUACAAAAUUAAUAUACUAUACCAAGUCUGUAUUAUUUGAGCUCCAGAGUCAAAACGCAAAGCUAUCGACGUAAAAAAAAAUUCAAUGCAAGAUUUUAGGAAAGGACUGUUGAUAAACAUCACUUAAAUGUGUAUCAACACUUUAUAGUUCCCGAAAUCUUACCCACAUUGAAUUUUUUUACGCCGAUGGCUUUGCGUUUUAGCUUCGGAGUUCAGAUUGGACAGGCAUGUACUAUACUUUUGGGGAUCUUUCUUUUAGUUCAGUUCAAUUCCAGUUCAGUUCAAUUCUGUUCACUUGUUGCCAGCGUCGUUAUGGCAUGAACACGUAUACACACACACACACACACACACACGCACACAGACACACACACACACAGACACGUGCAGACAAUUGUUGUAUAUCCUUGUACAGAAAGCUUCAUUUUUUUCUUUCGUAUAUUUUUAGCAAAUCGA